AUGUCCCGUUUCGGCGCGAAGAAGGGCAGGAAGCUGCCUGGCGCAGAAUUCACCUGGGAUACCGAGCCUGGCGCAGAAGCAGACACAGCGCCUACGCCUCUGUUUCCGAAAUACAGCGUCCCCAUUGCCAGACCGUUGAAUCAAAGAGAACGGAUCCAGGUGGAUCUAUAUCGAGCUCUACGGGAAAGAUUCCAUGAAGGCCCAGACUACUCCGUUCUAGGUGUUGCUGGUCUGGAAGCGAAGGGCGACAGUAAGGCCAAGGCGCAGAUUGACCCUUUCCACAGCAUGCCCACGUAUUCUGGAAGAUAUCAAAGGAAAAGAAGGACUGCUCCGAACAUGACUGGUCGACCAUUUAUCUUGAGAUUCUUUCCCCAACAGCUAUGGAAAGUGAUCCAACCGUCCUACAACCCAGAUGCGGCACUGGACGGGUAUGCUCCCCAGGCGAAACGCACAUGGAUAAAACGGGGUUUCGAAGAAGAUGAGGAGGAAAAGGAGGAGCAACCUACUAAGCGUCGACGAGGAGGGGAGGACGAGGACGAAGAGGAUCGCGGGGACGAAGAAGAAGCAGGCCUUGAAGAGGACGAAGAGCGGGAAGAGGAGAUUGUGGAUGACGACUUUGAAGAUGACGAAGAUGAGAUGGGCGGGGAUUACAACGCGGAGCAGUACUUUGAUGGUGGGGAUGAUGAGUACGGGGAUGAUAAUUUCAUGGAUGGAGUUGGCGGGGCUGGAGGAGAUGAGGAUACCUUUUGA